UCAGUUUCAUUUUCUUCUUUUUACUUCCCUCGCACCAAACCCUCUCUCUCUCUAUCUCUCCAAAUCCUCUGGAGUCGGAAUAUAAAACCACCCCUACCCUACCUUCCCUCACAUUCCAGAGUGAGUGAGACAGAGAAGGAGGAGGUUCUCCCUGUCCUUAAUUCGCUGUUUGUUUCGGCAAUACUGCAAGAGCUUAAAAUGCAGAAGGACCCCUCCUCCGCCCAUUGUGGACCCACCGCCACAGCCGCAAUCAAUAUAUCCUCCCCAUUCAAGUCUCAACUCCAUCCAGACGGCGCCCUAUACACCUCCCCCUACUCCCCAGCCUUCCCUACCAAUACUUCCAUUUCCGAGUCGGACUCAGGCUUCUCUGAUGCAAACUCAAGCGUCGUCUCCAAUCACCUACACCAGUCCCGCUCCAUAAAGGAGCACCAGGAGAUCGUGAACCGCCAUUCUCUUUGCCUCACUCACCUCCGCGAGGCCACCAGAGAAGCCGAGGCCCUCCGUCUAGAGAACACACACCUCCAAGCCGUGAACCGCGAGCUCAACAAGCAGCUCAGCCUCCUCUUCCACGCCUCGGCCCAAAACCAUCUCGCCUCAUCCUCCACCGAUUACACAGCGUCUCUUGAGGUUCUGGACGCCCUUCGCGGCUUGAGUAUCGAGGACGAGGGGAGUGCUUGGGAUGACGUGGCGGAGGGCAGCCCGACGAGUGUGAUCGAGAGCGGAAGGGUCCAGAAUGUUGAUGUGGAGCGGUUCUCGCUGCCGAAAAGUAUAUCAGUGAGAUCCAAUGGUUACUUGAAGGUGGCUACUCAGGCUAAUGCCAGUGGUGCGGGUCGGACUCGGAGCGCGACUCGGCUUCGCAGUACAAACCCACUGAAUGUGACGCAAAAGGUGUACGUGCCGGGAGGUAAGCAAGAGGAGGAGCCACUUGAACUAGAAGUGUACAACCAAGGCAUGUUCAAGACAGAGCUAUGCAACAAGUGGCAGGAGACUGGUGCAUGCCCUUACGCAAACCACUGCCAGUUUGCUCAUGGCGUUGAGGAGCUCCGCCCAGUCCUCCGCCACCCACGCUACAAGACCGAGGUUUGCAGGAUGGUCCUUGCUGGUGUUUCCUGCCCCUACGGCCAUAGGUGCCACUUCCGUCAUGCACUCACUGACCAGGAGAAAGCCAUAUUUGGGUCUGGUUUAUAAACACCAUCAACAUUAAAAAAAAAAAUGGUACAGUACAUAAUAAUACACAUUGAUGUAACAAGCACAAAUAUAGGCAUACAAAAGACAAAAAUAAAUAGUAUCAUGUGGUAGAGAGUAAGGAAACUCUUCUUUUAUAUCUGCCCCGUUUUGUUCCAUUAAAAUGACAUACUGAAACAUUGAUCAUGUUCAGCUUAUAUGUGAUCAUUUUUGGUGAUUUGAAUAUCAACCAGAAAGAAACUCUUUUCUAUUCAUGGUGCGAUAUUGCACCCCGGUUUGGUCAAGUCUUCUGGGGGAUAGUAGACCCAGUCAAUCGUGUUGGGGCCCCUAACCCAAAAGGUGGGGGGAUAGAUUAUGGACUAAUGUGCCCUAUAGAUGUUCUUGGGCUGACAUGUCCAGCAAAAACCACGACCCUCUCCCUCAAUGGGCCUGAAUCUCCCCCACCUAAUUUAAGGGAUCGUCCAAAUUAAGCUGGGCCCAUGAUUUGGCAACUUUAUAUGUUUUUUUUUUUUGAUGGAGGCAACUUUAUAUGUUAGUUACUUAUUGGUGGAUUUAUCAUUUAUUUGUUUGUUGUGACUCGAAAAUUAUUUGAGCUUCAGAUCUGUUUCAAUGAAUGCUCAUUUGUAUAAUGUUAUGUUGGACUUAUGGAUCUUGUAAAAAAUUAUAAGCCCUAAUUAGCUUUUUAGACUUAUAGAGUAUCAUUCAUCUAGUCAUCUGGCCCAGUAAAUAUGGAAACUGUAUGAGUUCUCUUUAAUUGCAUGCCUAUUGUGAGUUUUCAAUGGUCUAAUUGUCCACUAAAAACUUGGAUCAGAUUUCACCUUUUACCUGAGAAGUUCUUAUGCAACAUUCUAUAUAUCCAUCAAAAUACUUUCAGAUCAUAAUCUUGCUCAGGCGGAAACAGGAAACUUAUAUGGUUCAUUCUAUUGACAUUAGAUAGGUUUCGUGUGAAUAAAGACUCACCACAUCAUACUAAAUAUAAAAAAAUAAUAUUUACAACUGUUAUAUAAAUAUAAUGUAAUUUUAAAAAAUAAAUAAAUUAAAAGGAGAUUAAAAAAAUAAUUUUUUAAUCAUAAAUUUUAUUAUUUUUCAAAAUAAUUGCGCCGACGUGGGCACAUCACCUUUACUGAAUAAAAAAUAUCGUUUCACCUAAUGUGAAUGCAACGUCUACUGUCCACUAGUACUAACUACCACGUGUCUGUAUUCUUAUCGUCAGACCUAUUUCACUUUAAAGCGCUAUACGACUUUAUGACCUUCCUCCGAGGUGGUCUCACGUCUUUUAGUGUGACAUCAACGCGUUUUUGCCUUUGCAGGAUGGGGACGGAAAUUACUAGGCAUUUCCUGAAUACUUUACUUCCUGAGCCACCCAAUUCCACUAAUUUCUUGUGGUUCCUCUCUUUCCUCUUUAUUCGCGUGAGAUUGGAUGUCCCAAAAUCUCAUCUUUAUUCCGAUGUCUUUAUAUAAAGAGUGCUUGACUGGUAAAGAUGGGGGAAAGUGUAGGUGGGGAAAGACGGAGGAGUAUGGGCGAAGGGGAAAGUGAGUUGUGGAAGUUCUUCGGAAUGGGAAGAUAGGAAAGAACCAAAGUGUUGUCAGGAACAUCUUUGUUUUCUUUCUUUCCGACUCCUCCCAUUCCAUUGGUUUCCUGCUAUUCCUCCCUUUCGCUAGCUUUUCCUGCUUGGAUCGAUUUUUCUAGCUGUUUUCUGCAUCAUUGGGCGGUUAUUCGAGUCUUUUCUGUUAACCCAGAUCGGCUGCACAUAAUAAGUCUUUACUAUUUUCCUCCUUUAGUUUGUUUACAGAUUUUUUUGUUGUUCUGUGGGACUGAAUAAUAAAUAUGUAUGCGGGGGAGGGAGGGUGAAGAGGGAAGGGGAGAGAGAAGUGCAGGAAGUUCUGGGUUUGGGAAGCUAGGAAAGAAGGAUUUCUUUUGAGGAACUUCUUUCCUAGACCACCCAUUCCACUGAUUUCCUGCCAUUCCUCCUUUUCCCUACCUUUUCCUGCUUUGAUAUUUCAACCGCUCCGAUGGUUUGGUAAGCUUAUCUUGUUCCUCUUUAUAACUCUCCUUCGUUACUUUCUAUGUUUUCACUAUUUUGGCUUUUGCAGGUUUUGGGAUCAUUUAUUCCUACUGGCAAGUGAGAAUAAAUAUUGGGUCAUUAAAUUGGAAGGUUAGGGUUUCAUUGAUUCAAAAUGAAAAUGGUUUUUGGGUCAUAAAACUGUUAAAUUAGAACUAAGAUUAUGACUUUUAAAUGAAAUAAAUAAUUUUAUAAUCUAAUUUCUCCCAAUUUUAUUUGUAUUAUUUUUGGGGUCAGUCAGUUUGUUUCUACUGAUAGGAAUUGAGGAAGACCUUUCUGGUAAAGGCGUACAAAAGUGCCAAGACAAAAUGGAAUGAGAGGGAGCUUAUAUCUCUUGCAAGAUGGAUCUGGAACCUCUGUUUUGAAAUGGUUCAAAAGAAGCCAUGGGAACGAGUCAUCCUUCAUUGUGAUUUGAAUUGAAAAGCAAAUACGGAUUAACAACCAACACAAAUAACAGGCUUUGAGAUUUUAGGGUUAGCUAUGUUGAAAAGUAAAUGUCUUCAAUAUUUUUCUUGUUUUGAAUUGUAUUUGGGUUCAUUCAGGAGGUUUAUUUAUUUGUGAAGGAAUAAAUAUGUACUUAUUUGGGAGCGUGAGAUGUAAUAUUUUUUCUCAGUUUAUUUUGUUGUUAAUAUAGUUUGGAUUGAAGAUGGAAA